UUCAAUUACUCGUCCAUCAAGCUUUGUCGAGGAAACAUACCGAACAUCGAAAAUGACUAAAUACGUAGCUGCUGUCCCACUUUUAAUUCUCCUUCCUACAAUAUUCGGCAUUGCAUCUGGAACAUCAGUCCCGCGAAUUUUCAACUUAAAGGCAGGCGAGCCUUGCCCAGCUCCAUAUUUUAUGUUAGAUUGCAACACUUGCAAUUGUCCAGAUGGUAAAUUGGCAGCUUGCACCUUAAUAGGGUGUCCAACUCCAAAUAUCCCUCUUUAUAUGGAUGGAAUGCUGUGUCCUGCCGGACAAAAAUUCACUUCUGACUGUAAUGACUGCAACUGUCACGAAGAUGGACGAUCUGCAACAUGUACAAAGAAAGAAUGCUAAAAAUUAUUACAUCUUUGAUUAACAUGCAUUUUCGAGAUAUUUUUCAAAUUAAAUGUCAAAGAAGAUUUUUAUCUUUUAUGCUAAAUGUACUUAAAUAAAAAUGUAUAAGAUGUGAAAUCAAGGUAAAUUGUUGACAAGGCUAGAGCGUUCACGUGAAAGCUUAUAAUAAUAAAAAUAAUAAAUAAGCUAUAGUGAUCUCAGUGAACGUAUUUAUUUAAAAAUUCCCAACGUUUCGGAAAAAUCAAUUUUCUAACAGAGUACACAUACUCUGUACGAAUUAUUGACUGUGAUGCACUAGUGUACUAUUUAUUUAUCUUGGCAACUAUAUCAUUUGAAUUUUGUUUUAUUUGUUUUCAUUAUAUAUUAUAAGGUUGUAACGUUAAUUAUGUAUUUAUCCUAGCUUUUAAAAAUGGAAAAUUGAUUUGUCCGAAACGUUGGGAAUUUUUGAAUAAAUUGAUCCACUCAAAUCAUUACAGCCGUUUUAUUGUUAUGAUAUAUUUAAGUCUCUAUGUAAAAGACACAUUAUGUCCUGUUGGAAAAAGAUUCACAUAUUACCAUAGUGAGUAUAACUUUCAUCCAUACUGGUAAUAGGAAACUUAUAAAAUCAGUGGAAUAAAGAUCUUAAUUUAUUGUUUAAAAUAGAUUUUUUAAGUUCCUUUAUCUUAACUUAAAGGGAAUAAAACAGUUUUAUACGAAAUUUACCUUGGUAUUUUAUUCAAACUUUUGAUAUGUAUAAUAACAUGUAAUUAUCGUACACUUGAUGGCAAUUCAUAUUCUGUCACAGAAAACAUUUUUUAAUUAAUAUAACAGCAUAAUAUAGAAAACAAUGGACUAUUAUAAUUUUCAAAAAAAUAAUUUUUUAAGUUAGCGUUUCUCAUUUAGAUCAAAUUAUUUAGAACAUUGAGUGAUUGUUUUUAAUGAUCAAUGAUUUCAUAUGGUUAUUAUGUAUAUUUCUCAAUAGAAAUCAAUAAUAGCGUAAUAGUUGUAUAGUGGAAUAUCAUACCGUAGUGUAAUAACUAACUACCUUUCAAAGUUAAGAAUAUAGCGAGUAAUAAACUAAAAGCGGUCUAUGUACUACUGCAAUAUGGGGAAAUACCAAAAAUAGCAUCGUAUAAUCAAUUUCCUAUUUCUACAUAUUUUUUUAACUCUAUUAUAAUUUCAAAGGAAACAUAUGACAUAAAGGUUGUUCAUUAAAAAAAAAUACUAAUACCUGAUUUUCAUUAAUGAAUUACAAAAUUAUGUUAGUUAAUAAGUAUUGCAGAUAAAUAAAAAUAUAGCUAGUUGAUACAUUUCUUUUGUAUAGGAUUCGGUUAUCCAAUCAAUUUACAAAAUUUAUACUAUGAAGAUGUAAACAUCAAUUUUACGAUACCUGGAAAAUUCUCCUCCUUUCUUGCAUAUUUAAGAACUAUUAGAAAUUUUAAUGUCGAUAUCAAUUAUAAAAAUAUAAGUAUAAAAAUCAUUCUGCAAGUUUUAACUUUAUCCCAUAUAUCAGCAGUAGCUAAAAAUAUAGCACUUUUUUCACUGUUAAUUCUCCUCAAGUAUACUCAAUUUUAAUUUGAUAUAGAUCAAUAAAAUUAUACUACUCGAUGUUUAUGUGCAGUUCCUGUAAACAUGGGGGUGGCGUCGGAAAUAGCCACGCCUCGCAUUUGUAGGUAUUUACAUUCUUUUCGACUCAUUUCAAUGUCUUUUAUCAAAUAUUUUGAAAUAUAAAAAAUAUUUAUAUUUUCCAUUCUUUGUGUUGAAUUGUAAUAGCUUGUCCUCCUUCGAAUAUCCGUAAAUAUUUUGAUAAUUCAUU